GUAGCGGCGCUGCGCUGCGGCGGGGCCGGGGCCGGGGCCGGCGGGCGGCCAGCGCUGCCGCCGAGCCGCGGUGGGGGCGAUGCCGCCGCGCCGCCCGCCCGCCGCGCCGCCCCGCCGCCCGCCCGGCCAGCGGCGAGGCAGCGCCCGGCGGCGGGCGGGAUAAUGCGGCUGCCCGGCCCGCAGGCACCGCCAGCGGGGCGCCCCCGCCGCCAUGUCCCCCCCGGCCUCGGCGGCCGCCGCCAGCGAGGGAGGCAGCAGCACGCCGGUGCCUCCGGAGGAGGAGGCGGAGGGGGCCAGAGAGGAGCAGCGGCCAGUGAAGCAGUCUCUCAGCAAGUCCCUGUGCCGAGAGUCCCACUGGAAAUGCCUGCUGCUGUCCCUCCUCAUGUAUGGCUGCAUGGGAGCCAUGACCUGGUGCCACGUCACCAAGGUGACCCGGCUGACCUUUGACAGCGCGUACAAGGGCAAGUCCAUGAUGUACCAUGACAGCCCCUGUUCCAACGGCUACGUCUACAUCCCCUUGGCCUUCCUGGUGAUGCUCUACGUGGUGUACCUGGUGGAGUGCUGGCACUGCUACACGCGCAACGAGCUGCAGUACAAAGUGGACGUGGAGAGCGUGCACGAGCGGGUGCAGCGGAUGCAGCAGGCGACCCCCUGCAUCUGGUGGAAGGCCAUCAGCUACCACUACGUCCGCAGGACACGGCAGGUCACCCGCUACCGCAACGGGGACGCCUACACCACCACGCAAGUGUACCACGAGCGGGUCAACACCCACGUGGCGGAGGCCGAGUUUGAUUAUUCCAACUGUGGAGUUAAGGACAUCUCCAAGGACCUCAUUGACCUGGAGAGCUACCCAGCCACACGGCUCCGCUUCACCAAGUGUUUCAGCUUUGCCAACGUGGAGUCCGAGAACUCCUAUCUGACCCAGCGGGCCCGCUUCUUCACGGAGAACGAGGGCCUAGACGACUACAUGGAGGCCAGGGAGGGGAUGCACCUCAAAAAUGUGGACUUCAAGGAAUACAUGGUGGCCUUUUCCGACCCGGACAACCUGCCUUGGUACGUAUCUCACUAUGUCUUCUGGGUGGCGGCUCUGCUGACCCUGUCGUGGCCCCUGCGGGUGCUAAAUGAGUACCGCACCUCCUACGUCCAUUACCACGUGGAAAAACUCUUUGGGUUCGACUACGUGGCGGUGACGCCGGCCGAGGAGCGCUCCUUCUGCCGGAGGAUGCCCCGCGUCAACACGGUGGACAGCACCGAGCUGGAGUGGCACAUACGCUCCAACCAGCAGCUGGUGCCCAGCUACUCGGAAGCGGUCCUGAUGGACUUGGUGGGGCUCUCCGGCUGCACCAGCUACUCCGCUUGCCGCUACGGGGGCUACCGGCAGAACUGCGAGCGCUGCCACAGGACUAUAAGCAGCUCCUCCAUCUUCUCCCGCAGUGCUCUGAGCAUCUGCAACGGCAGUCCCAGGAUUCCCUUCAGCAGCAGCCGCUUCUCCCUGGGCCGCUUGUACGGCUCGCGACGCAGCUGCCUCUGGCAGAGCCGGAGCGGCAGCCUGAACGAGCAGAGCUGCCCCACCGAGCAGACGCGCCUCUCCAGCCAGGUGACUGUGGAGGAGGAAGACCCCCCUCCUUAUCAGGAUGCCCUCUACUUCCCCGUCCUCAUUGUCCACCGCAACGAAGGCUGCCUGAACCACGACCACCGUCACCUCCAUCGCAAUGGGUCCUGCGUGGAGACCUCACUGUGAGAGCAGAAGGCGGUGAGAUCUCAUUGUCCAUUGCCUGGCCCGAGCCAGCGCAGGAUGUGGGGAGAGGAGCACGAGGGGGCGAGCCUAGGAGGAUAUCAGGAUGGAGUGGAUGUGGCAUCCUGCUCUGGGAGCCAGCAAAAGCUUCCCCCGCUGUGGCUCUGACCUCCCAGAGGGGUGGAUGCCGAUGCUCCCCCUGACACGGCAAAGAACUCUAGACCGAUCACCACAUGCAAAAAAAAAAAAUAAAUUCAACCAAACCAACUGCAAAACUAUAAUUCAUGGUAUCAAGACCCAAAAGGGGGAAUAAAACGGCAGGCCUGAUGCAGGGAGGGGGUGGCUUCAGCUCCUGCCCCUGGCUCCAGGCUGGCUCGUGCUCCAAGGAACCAGCAGCCGCCAAAAAGCACCCUGCUGCACCUCUGCCCGCCCUGCUUCCCACACUGGAGCGAGACCCCUCACAGGGUGGAGGAGAACAGGCCCCUGGGAGCAGGGUGUUACUGCCUGUGAUGGAAGAUCACCCUGGGUGAUCACGGGUACCCAGGCACGUGGAGCUGAGUGGCAGGUUAGAGCAAAGGCUGAAAGCCACAAAUCUGCCUCUUCCCCUUCCCCCCUGACCGUUCCCCACCCUCCCCAAUUUUUUUUUUUAGACCAUGCUCCGACUGUUACUUUGUUCUCACUGCUGGGAAUGGCAUUGCCUCCAGAGGAUCCCAGGCUCAGCUCCUUAGGAAGCUUUGGUGUGCCAGCUGUGAGUCAGCAUCCCCUUGGUAAAGGGUUUUCUGUUUGGGCAUGCAGCACCGGGGAAGGGAUGAAUGUGCAAAUCCAGGUGGAGCAGAGAUCUGCAGUGCUACUGAUGUGUUUGCUGGAGGAGGGCUCAGCUGGAAAGAGAAAACGAGAGGCCCCUGGUGAGCUGGGGAAGGGGAAGUGGAUGGCGCUGGGACAGACAUUGUGGUAUCAGGUGGCACGACAAGCAGAUGGGGACCCUUCCUGGCUUUGAAGUGGGUCCUAAUUGGUUCAGCUAAGCAUCAAAGAAGUCUCUGGUAGGUUCAGCUGCAAUUCACCUAUUGAUAAUGGAGCAGCAGGUUGGUGCAUGUCUGCAUGAGUGAAUUUUGCGUGAGAUCCAGCUGGGCUCUGGCUGUGGACUCUGAGUUGCAGGCUCCUGGAAGCCUCAUUUUGGCAGAGAGCUCUUAGGGGAUAGGAGGGACAAGUGCAAAAGCGUGCUGGAGAAUUGGGAACUUCUACUGGGGAAAGGAGGAUCAAAAGGAUUUUGUUUCUGUGGGACUCCACUAGUGGUGCAGGACCCAUGCAGGAGGCAUCUGCAAGAUGGAUGCUCUGCAGAACAGAGGCUGGGGAGAUGUUAGAGGAGAAGCUGAUUAAAACUUAAUGUUUUGAACAACAGAGGUUUUUGCAGAGAGGUGUCAGGCUGUGAGAAGUGAGGUGACUUCUGUGUAGCUCCUUAGCUACGAUGUUCUUCUGCCUUGGUCUUGUCAGGGCAGGUUGCUCUGAACUGUACGCUGCCCCUUCUAUCCCGCUGGAAAGGAUCUCAGUGACAUUGGGCAAAGACCCUUCGUGUCACUGAAGCUGCAACAGUGUUUGCAGCGUGCAGACACCCAGCUUUUCCUCCUGCAGCAAUACAUCCCCAGAUCUCUUGUGUCCCUGUUCUCAGAAAAGCUGUCUCCUUUUCACUCGGCUCUUCGGGAAGUGCGUGCCAAAUCAGCCAGCAAUUUCUCCAGACAGCACUACUGAGCAUCACCCCGCUUCCCUCAUCGGCUGUGGUGAACAGAAGCUAAGGGCAGCAUGUCUUGGGUGACAAGGGCAAGUCCAUUGGCACCUGAGUAUUUGUGCUUGUUGUCUGUCUCCCCAUCUGCUGCAGAAGGGCAAACAGUGAGGCGUUAUAUUUACUCCAGCCAUCUUCCUCCUGGCAGCUAUUAAUGAGGGGUCCGUCUCUCAUCGUGCUGCUGUACUGCUUUGCCUCCCAGGUCUUGAGGAGGCUGCAAAUGCACCCAUGUGCCACACUGGUCCUCUUUUGAAAGUCAUCUCCUGCUGGCAAGCCUGGAGUGGUCAGCGCUUGUGGGCGUUGUAGGGCUCCACUUUUCAUUUCCCCCAGAGCAGUCUGUUCUGCUCUUCAUGCCCUGCAUAUCCGGGUUAGUGGCUCUUGCCCUUCGAGUCAGCUUGUCCUCCUGGAUCUCAGGUGCUAGACUACAAACAACAGUGGUUUGAACAGGAAGUCUCCUAAAAUCUCACUCUGUUUAUGACUCUGUCUUAGCAUCUGCCCUCACUCUCACUAGCAGAGCUAGAUGUUGGCUUAAAGAAGAGGGUCCCUUGGAGGACAGAAAAGCAUAAGGUCUCCGGUGUAGGCACAUCCCUCUCUGCGUUUUGUUCUCAUUACUUUUGGCAUAGAUUCAGACUGGGCGAAAGCAGCCCUGGGAUUUCCUUGCUUAGUAAUGACGUUUGGCUUGCUGUGCACUCGUGCUUCUCUCUCCAAGGGCCUAAUGUAAGCCAAGGCCACUGUGGAGUGUCCUCUUGGCUCCAGGGAGAUAAUGGUGUGUGCUUGUAUGUCCCGGUGAAUUGAGACAGUGGAGCUGCAAUGGGUCAUUAGUGAGGAAUGAGGUCCCUGCUUGUCCUUCCUGACUGUGUUCUCUUUGAAAUCUCCUGCACAUUGCUUUAAUUAGUCUGUAAUGGCUCAUCUUCCUAUCUCCAGCCUCCAAGGUGCCUUGGACAGAUGGAUUUAUCUAAGUUUUGGCAGGUCUUUUAGCUCCCUGGGGCAAAGACUGUUUUCACAAUGGGGACAUAUUAGCAGGGUCUCUGUGCCCCCCGGCUUUUAGCACCUGCAGCAGAGUUUCAGGCGCUGUGUCCUUGGCUUUUUCUGAGGUUUUCCAUGAGAAUGUCUUGCCUUGUUCCUCUGACCCCAUUUUCACCUAUGAAAUCUUAUUCUGGAGGUGGACAGGUGGAUCUUCGAGGCACGGCUGCUGCUCUGACCCACGGGAUCCGUACAGUCUUCCUGUUGCUGAAUACCUUCCCCAGGUACGUGGUGCCAGCUGUAGUCCCAGUGCUACUGUCUGUGGCUGCUCCAGACCCACAGUACCCUGAGAAGUGGGACCUCUCUAGGCAGUGUUCCCCACUGCAUGCCAGGAUUUCUCAGAGAUCCCAUCCCUCAUAUUCCUGCUACCCAAAUGCACCUGGUAGAGCUGCCCCUCUGGUCCAUCCUAUCCCAUUCUCUCACGGGUGGAGACAUGCCUCAGGCUCAGGAAAGGGGGAUGGUGCACUUGGACAUGGUAGGGGAGCAGGACUGGGCAGCAGGGACAGGAGCUGCCUGCUGGCUUGACAGGGAAGUGGUGGAGCUGGAGGAGAAACUGAAACUAGGGUUCAUCCUGGUAUGUCUAGUCAGGCAGAAAAGUCCAGAGCAGAAAACUGGGCUCUCCCUUCUGUCUCCUGGCAUGGGACACCACCAGCAAAGGCGUUUCCUGCUAAGGGUUGGUGAGAGACCGCAGUGCCCCGGGCCAAGGGCAGCUGCUAUAAUGCUGCGUAUGGCUCGGGUUACGAGCACGGAUACGCAGAGGUGCCUGUCCCUGUUCUGGUGCACAGCCUCUCCGAGGUGGAGUGGUCCCAUCUCCUGGCACAUACUCAUCACCCACCACAGCUCUGGGCUGUGCAGCAGUCAGGUGUCUGCUCUUCCUGAGGCUUGUGUCUGCUCUCUGCCAUAUCUGCGUUGGUGAUGACGAUUCCUUUGGCGGCUUAUUCCAUGGCCCAAUCUGCUCCUCUCAGGAUAGCCUUCUCCCUUAUACCUGACCUGAGUUCUCCCUGCUGUAUCUUAAUCCCCUUACUUCUCCUCCAUUGACUGGUGAGUCUAACUGGCUCUGUUCCUUUUCCUCAUGGCCUUCCUGACACAGGUGGGCCUGUUAUCUGUAGCCUUCUCUUCACCAGUCCCAGAGUCUUGAUCGCACUUGCCAGACCCUGGCUUGAGUGAUGGUGCAGAAGUUUUCACUCUGUAGUGAGUAUGUCACUCCUGCUCUGAGCCUGGCCUGGGCAAGCGGUGCCUUGGUCUGUCAGGGUGGCUGUGUCCUCAUUUCUGGUGCAGAGGAACUCUUCAAAGUGAGUGGACUAUACAGAGCUGCUGGCUGCUUACACAAGGAAAGCAGGACAGCACAUAUCCCCCUCUGGGAAGGUCAAAGCUGGGUGCUUGUCAGUAUGAUAGGGGCAAUAACUAGAAGGAUCUCUGCAGUCAGAUGGCUUUGGUUUUUUCCAUACAUCAUUCUAACAGUUCAGUUUUCUAUGGGGUGAGGGUCAGGCUCAGCAUUGCACUUAGCAGCAGGCUUUCCUUCCAGGAGGGAGGCAGGAGUGCUACCAGCUCCUCUUCGUGGUCCUUCACGGUGCUAAUGCAACCCAGAGGAGGGCUAGUCCUUACUGCUGCAAAGCUGGAGAAUUAGUUUGGGCUAUUUGGGCUAUUUGGUGUUUCCCAUCUGUCAACGUACUUGUCAGGUACUUAAAAGCUCUCCAGCUUUUCUGAACUAGAGAAAAAGAGAGAGAGAGAGAGAAGUGUGUGAGAAGCUCUGGAUUAGUUGAUCAUCAGGACACAUCACCACCCAUUUAUCUGUCUUUCAGCACAGUGGAAGCUUCCCACAUAGUGCCUAGCACCUUGCUUUUGCAGAAGAAGUCGGUGACACCAUCCAACCAAGUGGUAAUUCUUUGAGCUCUCUGCGUGUCAUGUCUCACUCCACACCAAAGAGGGAGGUUUCAGAGAGGGCUGCCAGGGUGAGCAGCUGUAGGAGCAUUCAUUAGGGUGGGGAGAGGGAGUCUGAGCCUAUGGCCGAGGCCAGGCCUUCCAGGCAAAUACACAGUAUUAAGGCUGGGGAAGCUGCCGUUCAUCUAUUAUCAAACAAAUGCACCCCUCCUUCCUUUCUGCUCCCUGUGAAAUGCGCAUUAGAGAUCCAGCUGGUCCCUGCCCCUCCUUGUUUUCUCUUCACUCCAGAGGCUGCAGGGUUGUUUAGUAACUGAUGGAUGCCAGUGGGCUGAGAACUGCAGGAAAAGUUUUGUUGAGUGGAAAUUUAAGAAAGUUGGGCAGCAUCCGGUGGCAGUAAAACAGCACCUACUGAUUAGCGGGUGGGAUGAAUAAUCUCCCUUCAGCCUGUCCAACCACAGCUUCAAUACUGCUAUAUAAUGUGACCAGGGUGCUGCCUUUAGCAGGGCACAGGCUUAGCUGCAGUGUGCUCCUACCCUGCUGCAGUCGCUGUAGGGUCUGAAAUUCUACACCACCACCACCAAGAUGUUGUGGUCCCAAAGAGCCGUGGGUCUCACGUUGGGAUAUGUCCUUCUGAUCGUGUUUCAUUCACAUUCAGUGGUUAGAAUCAAGUCUGUAGAGUUAUGCUCUGGAGCCAGGUAAUGUCAGAAAUGAAGCAUAGUUUAAGUGAUAGGUCUGUCUGGUGCCGCUGCCUCCUGUGGUGCACUUGGGCCUACACUUUCCACUGAGCCAGGUAUGCAUGGGGACCAAAGCCUGGUUCAUAGGACCUGGGACCCCAGUGGGGACUUGGGACUGAGCCUGCCUAGGACACUGCAUUCUGGAGAAAGUGGAAAGGGGUCAUCAUCACACUUCAGGUAGAAAUUAAUGGGCUGUGUUCAUUCCUAGUGUUAUUUUACUGAAGCCAGUGGUACUAUACUAAUGUGAAGCUGGCUUAGCAGCUCCUCAGAGGGGUCUGUCCUUGAGUCCAGAAAAAUUGAUCUGUCACAGUGUUGCUUUGAUGCAUAUGUUGCAUGGGGCUUGGCCAACAUGAAUGAAUGUUGAAUAUCUGUACUUUCUACGAGCGGUGGGUUGAGUUGUUCUGCUCUACUGCCUCUAUCGCAGCUGCUCCGCCAAGGGGAAUAUUAUGCCUGUGGAUGUGAUUUCAUCAGCUCCCUCAAAAGCAAGCUAACAAGCAAAUUGACCUCCACAGCACUGGGAGAGGAGCCUUCUCCCACAGGACCAUAGUCUUUCCACCUCUGGGGUAAAAGAGGUCCCAAGGACAAAACUGAACCUGCAAGACCCAUGGCCUCAUGGCCUGCCCCUCCUCCUUCCCUCCUUACCUCAUGUCUGUCUUGGAGAAGGGACACUUUCCCUGUGGAGUUCGACACGCUCCUCUUCCUGCAGCUCGUAAACAGGCUCUACUGACAGGUAUAUCAUCCACCUAUGCAACUCUUCCAGAAGCUGCCAGAUUUUCAGGAGCCCAUUCCAGUGUGCAGCAUGGCCAUCCAGCACUGAGAAUAAGCACAGCGGCUGCUGGAAAGCUAAGUGGGUUUUAUUCCUCCCCCAUUCCCCGGGAAGACUCUUUUUGCUGGGCUGUUUUGUUUGUUUGUUUGUUUGGUUUUUGUAAACUUCAUUUGGGGGGAAUGAAGCUUGUGAGAAAUUGGUGCCCAUCCCGAACCCUCCCCAGUCCUUCGAACUCUGUGAAUGGAUGGAUCACCUGCUGUCAUUAUAAUUCAGUGGAUUUUGUAGAACAAAAUAACUUCGCACACAGACACAUGAGGUUCUUUCACUCUCCAUCAGCACAAGCUGCUUCUGCAAUCUUAGCUACUCACAUUAGUGAAAGAAAAAGCCUAGCUAGAAUGUGGUGAGAUGACGUAGUACCCUGUAUCAGUCCCACGGUCCCGACGUCCAUUAGCAGCGCUGUCAGCUGCCGUGACAUGAAUUCAGACUUUGGAUGGCAGCCCAUGGGCCAGUCAGGGUGAAAGUCUGGAAAAUCCCAAGCCUGAGUCUAUGCACAUUUCCAGAAGCAGAUGCAGAAGGAGGAUCAGCUGAAGGCAGGCAUCACCUCCUGCUCGACCCCAGCAGAAGCUGGUGGGCUCUGUUGGUGCUGCACCUGCCCCCCAGGAAGAGCCUGUCCCCAGGGGCCGAGCAGAGGGGAGCGAGAGUGGCAGUGUGUCUGAUGGAGCAGCACUGCUCAGCUGGCUGGGGAAACUGGUGACAGCUAGACCCCAAAAUAACAGGAUUUCACUUUGGGAGUGCCAACGGCUUUUUCAGACUGAAAUGCAGCUAGAAGGCCUUAACAGCUGUGAGAAAUGUUUCACAAUGCUGUUCCUUGCUUAAAAAAAUAUAUAUUUUUGGUGAUGAUGUGGGUUUAAACUCUCCACUCCUUCCAUCUCUGUUAGUAAUGUGCCAAGCUGGUGGAGAAGGGUGGAGAAGGCAGAUCAGGAUGGUGGCCCCGUGGCUUUGCAGUGGGUAGGUCGAUCAGGAAUGGAGGCCAGAGUUUAAAAUCUUUCUCUGCCCCUGGAGGCAUGGCGUGGCAGGAUGGGGUUCUGCGUGCUCGUGCACAGCUGGGACCGGCGGCCCUGCGGAGGGUUGAUGAGUCUGUGGCUUUGGUGCGGUGGCACCCAUUCACCCUUGCAGCAAGGGCUUUUCAGGGUGACAGAGCACUGCUUGUUCCUCGUGAGAGGAAACUCCUGACCUGGUUUCUGUGAGGAGAUGGUGUGAAGUGUCACAUUUGCUGCAGCGAGUGGCGGGGAGCAGGGAUAAAAGCACGGAGCAAGCUGUGUUUGAGAACACAGAAGCUAAUCCAUUGCUGGCCGCCUGAAGCCGGAGAGCUGCUGGAUCUGCUCCCUGGACAACGCUUUCCAGCUCUUCUCACUCUCCCCAAACCCGAUGUGCAAACUGUCAUUCCUCUGAGCUAGCCAAAGCGCUCCCCUCCCCGGAACUCCUCCGAGGCCGUGUGUUCACACCGUUUUGGUCCCCUCCCUGCUGGGCGCCGUGGGCCAGCUGUGAGAUGCCGGCAGAUGCACGAUGACCACAGACAUGCCGGUGGCCAGCCCUCACCGUACCCUGCCUGUGCACAGCCCGCCAGCAGCGCUCCCCGCCCUGGCGUGCCCACUGCAUGCUUGCUGCAGAGCAACCGCAGCACAUCCUGGCAUCGCUUUGGCAUCGCUUUGCGCUUUCCCAGAGAAUUUCACAGCGCUUGUCCUAAGUUAGAAAACAGAAGGCCUUGGGGUUUUGGUAAUCCUGGUCUGAGGAGAGGAGAGGAGAGGAGAGGAGAGGAGAGGAGA